GACUUCUUCUGCACUAUAGACACUGGCGCUGCAGCAUCCGGUGCCGUGUGCUGUUGUAAAAGAUGAAUUAGCCCCAAAGCUGUCCGUGUCUAGGGGGUUGCACAGACCCCCAUGACAAGUUGUCUGAACUGACCGGCAACUAUCUAAGCUGUUACUGGCAUAGUGGCGUAGCACAUAGGCGUGCUCCAUAUCCAACUCCUAUAAUUAGGCCUCAGGGUUGGCGGUCGGGAAGGUGAAAGGAGCCAUGACCAAUCCCGCUAGCCAGCCCCCUCCGUUUCUGAUUAAGACGUAUGACCUCGUUGAUGACCCGGCGACAGACAACAUAGUUUCGUGGGGAGCCGAUGGCUGCAGCUUCAUCGUUUGGAAGCCUCCUGAGUUUGCGCGCGAUCUUUUGCCCAAGCACUUCAAGCAUAACAACUUCUCCAGUUUUGUCCGCCAGCUCAACACCUACGGCUUUCGGAAAGUUGACCCAGAUCGCUGGGAGUUUGCCAACGAGCACUUUGUAAGGGGCAAGAAGGAGCAGCUGCGCGGUAUUCACCGCCGCAAACCCUCCGGCAACCAGCAUCACAACCACCACACCAACCACCAUGGCGCUGCCGCCGCCGCCGCUGCCGCAGGGCCAGCCCACAGCGCCGGCGCUCCACCCGCCAUCCCCAGCAACGCGCUUGUCGCGGCAGGCGGCGCCGGCGCGCCAGCCAUUGAGAUCGGCGCGUACGGCGGCUUCCGGGAGGAAAUCGACAACCUUAAACGCGACAAGAACGUGCUAAUGGUUGAGCUUGUGCGGCUACGGCAGCAGCAGCAGAACACGGAUGUGAAGAUGCGGGAGCUGCAGGCGAGGUUGGAGUCAACGGAGGCGAAGCAGCAGACCAUGAUCAACAUGUUUGCAGCGGCGUUUAAGAACCCCGCCAUGUUUCAGCGCAUGCUGUCCUCGGUGGCGACGGGCGGGGUCCAGCGCCUGGCGAAUGCACCCGCUUACCCGUCAUCCGUGGGCACAGCGGGCCGCAAGAAGCGCCGCGCCCGCGGGGCGGACUCCUCCCUGGACGUGGACAUUGGCUGCGGCGGCGUCGGCAUAACGGAGGCCAUUGACGCUGACAUGGCGGAGAACAUCUCGUCGGGCGGCGCGGCAGUUGGCGGUUGCGGCGGCGGCGGCUCGCCAGUGAUUGGCGGCGGCGGCGUCAACGGUGACGACACGUCAUCCAAUGGCUCUGCCAGCGGCAUUGCGGCGCAGCAGCAGCAGCACCAGCAGCUGGUGCAGUACCACCCGGGAGGUGUGGGCAGCAUGGGCAUGGCAGGCGUGGGCGGCAGCAGCAGCGGUGCUGCCGGCGGCGGCGGGCAUGACGCGCUGAGCGAGCUGAUGUUGCGGUCGUUCCACACGUUGUUGUCGUCGGCUGAGGACAUGACGGGUGACAUGACGGGGGCGUUCAACAGUUUGGCGAUUGGGAACCAGGGCCUGGGUGUUUCCAACCACAGCAUCCCCACAGUCACCAUACAGGAGCAGCCCAAUGCGCCCACGCCGCCCGUCAACAGCGCCCACGCAGGCGCCCUCGCCGCCGCCAAUGGCAUCCCCAUCAUCACAACCGCCAUCCAGCCCUACCAAGCCCCGCCCGAUUUGGGUCUUGGCCUAGCGCCGUCAGCGGCACAAGCUGCUGCGGCGGCGGCAGGUACGCCAUGUGGUGGCACCGCCGGCAGCCCCGCGACUGGGCUUCUGGACGGCGGCUUGGUUGACGGAGCUGCGCUGGUGGAGGGAGGGCACCACCCCGGUGUGCUGGUGGACGGUGCGGAGGCGCUGCUGAUUCCCAAGGCGGAGCCGCUGGUGCCGCCGCACGCCCACAUGCAGCCUGGGGUGCUGCCUGCCGGCAUGCCGGUCAUGCCGCUCUGCACCAACGGCGGCGAGGUGUGCUCCACAGCCCUCCCCUGCGCCGCGGUUCCCACCGGAGCAACCUUCGUGCCCACACCCACAGUCGUCACGGCCAUGUCUGCUCCCUCCGCCGGCGGCGCUCCCCCUGCAUGCGUCUCCACCGCCGCCGCCGCCAGCCCGCACCUGCACACCAUGAUUCCCAUCCGUACAGCCACCAUGGCGCCUCCCACGCAGUCCAUGACCGCCGGCAUGCCCGCCCCCUCGGGCCUACCCGCCAUCGGUUCCAUGACCGCCCUCUCCUCCCUGGCAGCCCUAUCCAACGGCGGCGUCAUGCCGCAUGCGUCAGCAGGCGCCACGGACCUCCUCACGCCGCCGUCGCCGCUGCCGCUGCCCGUGAACGACAACCCCACGGUGUCUAGCCCCGAUGGCGAUGAGGACGAAGCCAUGGAUUUGAUGACCAGCCUGCGCUCCAUGGCGUCUGGGGAGCUGGGGCUGCCGCUGCCGAGUGAUGCGGACUUUUCUGAGGACGUGUGGGCUCAGAUCCUGUCAGCCGCCAGCGCGCAGCCGGCAGACGGGUCGGGGCUGGGUUUGGACCUGCGGGAGAUAUCCUCUGUGCUGGAGGAUUAGGUUGCAUGGGAUUGGAAGUAAGUCAGGAAGAUACCCUGCGCACGCUGGGUUGGGUGGUGAGCGGCGGAGCAGGAAGGGUGCAUGCGGCGAGGAGGUGGGAGGGGGAGGGAGGGUUGCAGGUUAAGAGCUGGUGGUCACUGGUCAGGCGAGGUGGAUUUGCGCAGGGCUUGCGGCGGGUGUGUGGUUGCGUACGAGCAGUCGGGAAGGGGUUGUGUACUUGAUCAUGGCGUGGGCGCUUGUGGCGGAAGAGCAUGUCUAGGUGAGUCGUAACGCCUACAAGGGUGGUGGUGGUGUUUGAUGUGCGCCGCACACUUUGAGGGGGAGGCAGUCGGGGAGGCAGUCGGAGCACGCAUGGAGGCUCUGAAAUGGUCCGCUUCAUGGGACGGGGAGGCAAGAGUGAGGGGCCUGCCCCGUCGGUCACGUCGGCGAUAGUCCCGACAUCUGACACGCUGGCGUUGACAGGGUGCGAUUGGAGGGGUUUGUUGGAGCAAUCUUGUUACGUUGGAAGGCCAGCGGUAGCAGCGCAGUCACAUUUUGCUGCCCGAGCCAACCCGUUGGAAUUGUUUUUGCAAGGAGCGGUCAAGACGUCGGAAGGGGAGGAGAGCGGGUGUCCUUUUGAGAGUGCUACGGCUUCGGUUUGUCCCGCUGGAGAGCGUGUUGUAUGCGUUGGUAACCUACAAGAAUAAGUCCUGCCAUGGACGACACGGCACGCAAUACCCACUGGGCUAGCCGUGUGGGGUGCAAUUUCCCGGGAUGGAGCGACUGGGAAUGACGGCACCGCGUCGACGAACGUAUCUGGACCCUUGACGGACCUUGCGUGUUCCGCGAGAGAGGGUAACCUUGAGGGAGCCCCUGUUGCAAUGGCUCCUUCAGGUAUUGACCGGAGGGUUUAUGAUCCCCUAGUUGUUUUUCUGGGGGGAUGUACCGGUGGGAGGAUGCGCGGAAUUGGGGGGAGCUCCUGCCGUUCACAAGCUAGUAAUGGUCACGAACAAUUGUAGAGCGCAGUGCAUGUAUGGGAGUGCGUUUUUCAUGUCGGCGUGUGGGUUCGCAGCUGCACGGCGUGGUGCGUGUCGGGACAUUGGCGAUGUGCACUGCGUGCGUGGGAGGGCCCUUCCAACACAUGGACGAGAAUGAUUGUUUUGUACCGGCGGUACCUUUAAUGGCGCACAUACCCUGUUCCUGUUGGCGGUGGAAAGGGGCGCGUGCGAUGCCAAAGUGCGCUGUACAACACCUUUGAGGCUUUGGCACGACAUUCCCGGCACGGGUGUGACACGGGUGGAGUAGCUGCCGGUAGUCUUGACACAAGGGGCGUAAGCGUUGGUUGUUCGAAAGGGAAGGAAGGCGGGCUAUAGUGUCUGGGGGUGAGGACCUUUUUGCCGAUUGAGUUUCGGGCCGUGGCGGAGCCUCGUCGGCCUUACCUUGUCGCGCUGCGGCCAAGCGCGGUACGUAGAUGUGGUGGGUUGUGUUGCGGGCAUGGGCUUUGAGAGGCCUGCAGCGUUUUCUCCAUGGGACUUUGGCCCAUUGCUUUCACAUGUACAGAGCUAACUGGCGCAUCAUUUACUUAAUUGUCGUCUUUUGCUAAUAGUGCUAGCCUGACGCUUCUGGAUUCGCUGCUAACUCUGGAAUCCACAUUCGGGCUGGCGUGAGAAGUUGGCUUGGAGGCUGUGAUUUGUGGCCGGGGUGCGUUGUGCGGGAACUGCAUUCCUGCAGUAUCUUCAUAUUCGUGAAGUUGGGGGUGAGAGGGUAGAGAAGUUAUCGUCAAGAAGGCCGUUGGGUGCCCGGAGUUGCUCACGGUUCUGCCGUGCCUAAAAUUCGUGUAGCAGCACAUUUAGUAGUUUGUUUCGUUCUCGCAUCUGGCAAGUUAAUGGGCGUCAUGUGAUACCUGAAGAAGUGUCCUGUAGCUCGACAAGGGUGUAUACUAGGCAGAUAAAUAGUGCAAUGCUCCCAUUAGUGCCAACGAUACGGCGCUUGGGUAGCAGUCUAGUAGGGGCUUGAGCAGGGUGUAUACACCUGUGGGCUCUUUACAGAAGCGAUGGCUAAUGGAUGCAUUAGCGGUGACGGCCUAGAUUGCAGCAUCGCAGCUGCCCAAUAUAUUAUCAGCAAGACACAAGGAUGUAAACGGACC